AUGUGGCCCCCCGGCACCUCGUACCUUGCCGACAUCUCGCCGUCCACGGGGGAUGCCACCAUCAACCUGCAACCACGACCUUCCGAUGACCCCAACGAUCCCCUCAAUUGGACCCCGUGGCGCAAGUACUGGAACAUGGGACUCGUCUGCUUCUACGUUGCGAUGGUCGCAGAAUUCAUCAACGCCAGUACGCCGACAUGGGGCCCCAUGGAGUCCCAGCUCGGGUUCAGCGACGAGAUCAUGAAUGACAGCUAUGCAGCUGGCUGUGCAGGGUUAGCCGUUGGCUCUCUCGUCUUGAUCCCGUUUGCGCUCAAGUUCGGCCGUCGACCGUUGUAUCUCUUCAGCACGGUGGUCCAGUUUGGGAUCUGCAUCUGGUCGGCCAGGAUCCAGACGGUGGGCGAUCUCAUGGCCGUCAACGUGAUCCAAUGUUUCUUCGCGAGUCUGGCCGAGACCAUUGUGCAGAUGACCAUCGCGGAUCUGUUCUUCGUGCACCAGCGGGGCCGGAUGAAUGCGCUGUAUGUCUGGACGUGGCUGCUUGCCACCUACCUCGGGAUCCUCGUGGCCGGGUUCGUGGCCGAUGGUCUGGGGUGGCGAUGGAUCUGGUGGCUGAAUGCCAUUAUUUGCGGAGUGACGAUCUUCGUUGUCGCUUUUGGGUACGAAGAGACCAAGUUCUGUCCCCGGCCGGGUGACUCCGCCACGACGGAUUUGCACCUGACUCCCUCAGAUGGAGACCGGUCGGGCGCAAUGGAACGUCAGGACCAUAACACGAUAGAAGACAAGGCGAAGAAUCUCGGCGAUAAAUCAUUCACCCAGAGGAGUCAGAGCGACACCGAUAAAAGUGCUCGAGAGCUAGGCUCGGUAGAGGCCGCGGACGAUAGCCUGCGCGAGAUCACCCCAAGGCCCGCUAUCAACCCUAACAUCCCGAUGAAAACAUACUGGCAACGACUUGCUCUGAUCACCCCCACGACCUCGUCCGGUGCCACGAAGGACUCCUUCUUCCAACACAUGUUUCAACCGCUCAUCAUCCUGGCGACCAUCCCGGCGAUCGCGUGGACCGCGCUAGUGUAUGGGAUCUUGGUGGCCCUGGGCGACGUCAUGUCGACCACGAUGUCCACCUACCUACCCCGUGCGCCCUACAACUUCUCCACGUACGAGGUCGGUCUCAUGAGUCUGCCGCGGAUGAUCGGCGUCACGAUCGGGGCCAUCAUCGUCGGCCCCCUGAGUGACUGGUGGAUUGUCUAUCUCGCUCGCCGCCGGCACGGCAUCUUCCAGCCCGAGACGCGGCUGUGGUGCAUGAUCCCCUUCCUCCCGUUCGUCGUGGUCGGGGCCGCCCUCUUCGCCAUGGGGCUCAGUGAUCACCGUCCCUGGCCGGUGAUCGCCGUGGGGCUGGCCUUGUACAACAUCGGCGUCACCCCGAUCAACACCCUCACCAUCACCUACCUGACUGAUUCGUAUAGAGAUAUUAUCGGCGACGCCCUCGUGGGUGUAACCCUCACGCGCAACACGUUCAGCACGGUGUUCAUCUUCGCGCUCUCGCCGUGGGUCGCGAAGGUGGGGCUCAAAGAUACCUUCGUCACGAUUCUAGUUCUCGCGGUUGCGAUCCUGCUAGCCUUUGUAGUCUUUCUUCGGUACGGCAAGGCGCUUCGGGGGUUUUCGGCUUCGCGAUAUCUCUACUACGCCGCUCGACAAUACAAGGAGAGGUCAGGGUAGAGAAGGAAAAGAGUCAUCAAUUUGAAGUCUAAGGCAAAAGAACCGGGUUCUACACUGGAUUGAUCAAGCAG